AUGGACCCAGCAUCCGCGACUAAAGAUACACUGCCCAAUGGUGCAUGGGCUCAGGUCUCGGUCAUCGACUCGGCUAGCCUUAGCAACCUGCCUCUCGAGCCUUACUUCCACUGUGACCUUCCGCGACUGCAGCGAGUCACAGUGCCCGCCUUUUCGUUUGUGAUCACAAACCAACAAGGCCGCUGCGCUUUGUUCGACUUGGGUCUCCGUAAGGACUGGCCCAAGCUAGCACCGACUGCGGUGGCCGAGGUUCACAAUGACGAGCUGGGCAUCCAUUGCGAACAAGACGUCCGCGAUAUCCUCGACGCGCACGAUUUCCGCAUAGACGAUAUUGAGGCGAUUAUUUUGAGCCACCAUCACUUUGACCAUAUCGGGGACCCCUCUCGCUUUCCCUCAUCGACCGCGCUGGUCGUUGGCCCGGGGGCUUGCGAGGCGCUCAUGCCCGGCUACCCAGACCAGGAGGACUCGGAGAUUUUGACCUCUGAUUAUUCAGGCCGCGACGUCCGGGAAAUCGACUUUACAUCCACAAACCUCUUUAUCUUAGGACUCCCAGCGCUUGACUACUUCGGUGACGGUUCGCUGUAUCUACUCAGCACCCCUGGCCAUGCAGUAGGUCACAUGGCGGCACUCGUCCGCACUACAACCAGUCCAGACUCGUUCGUGUUGCUCGGCGGCGAUGCCUGUCACCACUGCGGCGAGCUACGACCCUCGCCGGGGCGACCGCUCCCAACAAGUGCGCCGCCGUGCGUCACACGAUUUUUAGAACGACAAUCCAACGACGGGAAGCAGGCCUUCUUCCAGAUCCAGCGAGAUGCGCGCUUCGCAGCCUACUGCCACAACGCCGACGAGGCAGAGCAGACUAUCGUCCGUUUGCAAAGAUUCGACGCGCUUGACAACGUGCUGAUUAUCUUUGCGCAUGAUGCUAGCCUCAAGACUGUCGUUGAUGAAUUUCCGGCGACGCUGAAUGACUGGUUUGUCAAAGGCAGUAGUUGCCGAUGGCGCUUCCUUGGAGAUUUUGAAGAGUAA